CAUCUGCAUCAUUUCAAGAGGAAGCUGCGGUGUGUGUCAUCACGAGUUCGCUCAGCAUCUUGAACCUCCACCGCACCAUCAAACAUAGUUUCAUUUAAUCAAGCAUGUCCCACGAAGACCCAAACGUGUCUAAAUGGAGGCAAAUAGCGUUGAGUGAAAACACUCUUUUCGGGAUGGGCAAUCCCCUUCUGGACAUUUCUGCUGUGGUGGACAAAGACUUCCUUGAUAAGUACGGAUUGAAGCCCAAUGACCAGAUCCUUGCUGAGGACAAACACAAGACAUUGUUUGAAGAAAUUGUCAAGAGGAGAGAAGUUGAAUAUCACGCCGGCGGUUCGACACAGAACUCUGUGAAAAUCGCCCAGUGGAUGAUCCAGAAGCCCCACAAGGUGGCGACCUUCUUCGGCUGCAUCGGCACCGACCGCUUCGGCGAGAUCCUGAAGAAGAAGGCCGAGGAGGCGCACGUGGACGCCCGCUACUACGAGCAGAGCGAGGAGUCCACCGGCACCUGCGCCGCCUGCAUCACCGGCGACAACCGGUCCCUGGUGGCUAACCUGGCUGCGGCCCAAUGCUACAAGAAAGAGCAACACCUGGACCUGGACAGCAACUGGGAGCUGGCGACCAAAGCCAAGGCCUACUACAUCGCGGGCUUUUUCCUGACCGUGUCCCCGCCUUCCAUGCUCAAGGUGGCCGAGCACGCUUCGCAAAACAACAAACUCUUCUGCAUGAACCUGUCGGCGCCGUUCAUCUGCCAGUUUUUCAACGCCGCCAUGAUGGAGAUCAUGCCUUACGUGGACAUCCUGUUCGGCAACGAGACGGAAGCGGCGUCGUUCGGAAAGCAGCUGGGCUUCCAGACGGACGACGUCGGCGAGAUCGCCAGGCUGACCCGAACGCUGCCCAAGGACAACCCGGCGAGGCCGAGGGUGGUGGUCUUCACCCAGGGCAAGGACGACACCGUGGCCACUGUCGGCGACAAGGUGACGAUGUUCCCCGUCCUGGACAUCGACCAGAACCACAUCGUGGACACCAACGGAGCUGGAGACGCCUUCGUUGGAGGGUUCCUGUCGGCGUUGGUCCAGGAUCGUCCCCUGGAGGAGUGCAUCCGAGCGGGCCACUACGCCGCCAACGUCAUCAUCCGUGACCAUCUCGGAAGCAAGUGCGAAACAAUAUCUGUUUUUACCAGCAUCAACUGAAUGCUACUUUGGACACAAACUUUUGAGUCUACUUUGUAGCAGCCAAAACUUUAGGAACACCCGAACAAUAAAAGUAUCAAUGUAGUGGUACCUAUUUAAAUUGAAUUCAUUAGAAUUUUCAAUCAAAGCUAAUUCAUAUUGGUACAUCAGCCAAUUUUUAUUACAAAUAGAAGUUAUUAAAAAAUAUAGACAUGACAUAGGUUAUAAAAAUACAUAUAUUGAAUUCAUUUAAUUUUGAUGACAUGAUUGCAUUUGCAUUGCAUUGCGUUCCAGCUUUUUUGGAACGUGUUGCAGCCAUAAAAUUCCAAGUGAAUGAUUAUUUGCUAAAAACAAUAAAGUUGAUCAGUUUGAAC